CGAAAGGUUUUCCCUUCUGGGCUGAAGUUGUUGCACCCUGGGGAGAACAGCAUUGUUGAUCUGAUUUUCGUACAUGGCCUCACUGGAGACCGAGAGAAGACAUGGACGGCUAAAGAUGCCACUGAGCCAUGGCCGAAAACUCUGCUGCCAUCCAAAGUACCGAAUGCCCGCAUUCUCACUUUUGGCUAUGACGCAUACGUAAGUGACUGGCGAGGCAUGGUUUCAAAGAACAGGAUUGGCAACCACGCGAUGAACCUGCUUUCUAGUGUAGCUAGUUACAGAGAAGAAGAUGACACUGACAGCCGUCCGAUCAUAUUCAUCUGCCAUAGCCUAGGAGGUCUUGUGUGUGAGGAUGCUCUCGCCGCAGCACAGCAACGGCCCGAAGCACACAUCAAGCGAGUUCUUGACUGCUGUCGCGGCAUUGUGUUUCUCGGUACACCGCAUCACGGCUCAGGCCUAGCACAUUGGGCAGAGAGUCUAGCAAAAGCUAUUGGUGUGCUUAAACAAACUAACGCUGAGAUUCUUGCGGUCCUCAAAAGCGACUCGGAAGUGCUCGAGCGGAUCCAGGGUAACUUCCACACCAUGAUCCGUGCACGCAACCAGAACGGGCUUGCGCCAAUUGAGAUUACCUGUUUCUACGAGGAGCUGCCUCUGCCUAGCGUUGGCACAGUUGUCCCAGCCCAUUCAGCUAUCUUGCCCGGUUAUAUUCCAAUCGGGAUACGACAAAACCACAUGGACAUGACAAAAUUUAGUGCGGUGGACGAUCCUGGGUUCGUUGCCGUUACUGGUGAGGUUCGUCGGUGGGUCAAG